AUGCACACGGACGUGGUGCUGCUCGUCCUGCUGGUUUGGAUGGCCGGUGUGCAGGAGGGACAAACACUGUGCCGAAACGUCAGAUCGAAAAGAGAAAUGCCUCUGACAGAAGGAUCCGGUUGCAAGAUUGGCAGCACCAUUUUCAAGAGGAGUCCAGAUGUAACUAAAGUCUGGGGUUCGAAGUCAGAGCAGCUGCUGAGGAUAUCCGACCACGACUUUACAAUGCGACCAGGAUUCGGAGGGCCUGCAGUCCCCGUUGGAGUGGACGUCCAGGUUGAAAGUUUGGAUGCCAUCUCAGAGGUCGACAUGGACUUUACUAUGACGCUGUAUUUGAGGCACUACUGGAAAGACGAACGUCUGUCUUUCAAAAGCAACAACAACCUGAGCAUGACCUUCGACGGCCGCCUGGUGAAGAACAUCUGGGUGCCGGAUAUGUUUUUCGUCCACUCUAAGAAGUCCUUCACCCAUGACACCACCACUGAAAACGUCAUGCUGCGAGUUUACCCCGAUGGAAAAGUCCUCUACAGCCUCCGGGUGACAGUCACAGCCAUGUGUAGCAUGGACCUGAGUCGCUUUCCUCUCGAUACACAGACAUGCUCUUUGGAGAUAGAGAGCUAUGCGUACACAGAUGAUGACCUGAUGCUCUACUGGAAGGAAGGGAACAGGUCACUAAACACAGACGAGAAAAUCUCUCUCUCCCAGUUCCUCAUCCAGGAGUUUCACACCACCACCAAGCUGGCCUUCUACAGCAGCACGGGCUGGUACAACCGUCUGUACAUCAACUUCACUCUGCGGCGCCACGUCUUCUUCUUCCUGCUGCAGACCUACUUCCCCGCCACCCUGAUGGUCAUGCUGUCCUGGGUGUCCUUCUGGAUCGACCGCAGGGCCGUCCCCGCCAGAGUGCCGCUGGGUAUAACCACGGUGCUCACCAUGUCCACCAUCAUCACCGGAGUCAACGCCUCCAUGCCCAGGGUGUCCUACAUCAAAGCCGUGGACAUUUACCUCUGGGUCAGUUUUGUCUUUGUGUUCCUGUCGGUGAUAGAGUACGCUGCCGUCAACUACCUGUCUACUCUACAGGAACGCAAGGAGAGGGUGCUCCGAGAGAGGCUGCCAUGCACCUGUGGUUUGGCCCACCCUGGCAUGAUGUCAUCCAGCUACAGCGAGGUGAACGCCAACACGAUGGGGAACUACGGCAUGCCGGAGGAGAACGGGAUGAAACGGGAGAGGAUGCUGGUGCAGCUGGCCAUGGAGAGCGACCAGGUCACGGGUCACGUCGGCUCCAGCGCCUUCAGCAGCGUCUGGAUCGACACGCACAUCAUAGACAAGUACUCCCGGGUCCUCUUUCCUGGAUCUUACUUCCUCUUCAACCUCAUCUACUGGACGAUCUACUCCUAA